UCAGCCCGGGCCUGUGCAAGGAGCACGCUGGGAGCGCUUUGGUGUCCUAGUUGAGGGCGAGAUUAGGAACCAGGAAAGUCACCCGCGCGUGCGGCAGCGGAUGCCAGGCUGACUGAAAGACCCUUCAGCUGCGAUCGCGUGUGUCCCCGUGGUGGGACGUGUGCACUAGGCUCUAGGUACUGGCAGGACACGUGCUCUGGGCCCCCUAGUCCUCUAGUGCCCAACCGCAACCACGGAAUCCUCUCCAAAGUUCUGGAGAGACGCUCGCGCCGGGCAGGGGCUUUGCUAAUUGCAGGAAGUGAGCACGAGGAAGAAGUGGCAGAGAUCAAGAAGAGGAGGGAAGGGAGGAGGAGCAGCAGCGGCAGGGCAGACUGCAGAGCUGUAGAGUCGCGCAUUGCUACAGCAAGAGGUUGGAUCUCGGCGAUCCUGCUGUUCUCUGGGGUCCCAGAGGCUGCCCAACCCCGCUCAGACACUCGUCUGUCCUCUCCCGGUCUUCAUGGCUUCUCCGGAUGACCCUCUGCGCUCAGAUCACAUGGCCAAGGAGCCAGUGGAGGACACAGACCCCAGCACUUUAUCCUUUGCCAUGUCAGACAAGUAUCCCAUUCAAGACACCGGCCUCCCUAAAGCCAAGGAGUGUGAUACAGUCGUUUCCAACUGUCCACCAAAUUCUGAUGAGCAACAUCGGGAAGAAGAAAAUGACUUUCCAGACAGCACUGGAGAUCCCCUUUCAGGUGUCAGCAGAAACCAGCCGUGUAAGGAAGGCUGCUCUUGCUUCUCCUGUUCACCCCGGGUCCCCACCAUCAGCGACUUGCUCAAUGAUCAGGACUUGCUAGAUGUGAUCAGGAUAAAGCUGGAUCCAUGCCACCCGACCGUGAAGAACUGGAGGAAUUUUGCCAGCAAGUGGGGCAUGCCCUAUGAUGAACUGUGCUUCCUGGAACAGAGGCCCCAGAGCCCCACGCUGGAGUUCUUGUUCCGAAACAGCCAGAGGACUGUGGUCCAGCUGAUGGAGCUCUGCCGACUUUACCACAGGGCUGACGUGGAGAAGAUCCUGCGCAGGUGGGUGGAUGAGGAGUGGCCCCACCGGGGACCCUCGGACAGUUCCAUGCACUUCUAGGAUCCCCUCUGGCGCUGGCCUUUCUGCAGCGGAACCAGCAUGGGUCACAGGGAGUGUGGACCUGCUCUUAAGAUUUUCAGAUGAGAUGUGGAAUGGGCAGCGGUUGUCCCUGAAGCUCACAGCUUCUGGAAGGAUGGGUUCGGUUUUGGUGGCAGGUAUUUGUGUUUUUUUGCACAUCUGUUUUAAUUUAAUAUUCGAAUCUGGAAUUGGGGAAGAAUAUUUUGUAGGUUGCAUAGGGCCAAAGCCUGUGGUUGGGACAGAAUCGGAAAGAAAACAACCCUCUCCUUAGUUACUGCUAAAGAUUGCAUCGGGAUCCCAAACUGUUGAUGUCUCUGGACGUCUCCACAUCAUCUUAUGCAAAACCUUUGCAUUCCCAGCCUAGCAGAAGAUGGGAUGGAGAAGUCACCCUGGCCUGUUCACUGUUACUGUUUCUGUUAUAAAGGGCUUAGGAGAGGAUACUCUAUGAUAUGGCCUGGAUACAAGUCAUCUUCUUUAUUCAAACACUUUUGUAAUCCAUGGGCUAUCAAUACUGGCAUUGGAUUUAGUAUUUUUAAAAGAAGUACAAAGUGUACGGUUUGUAGGUGAGCAGAGUGGUCAGUAAGUGUCAUGAGAAUGGUAUUGGCAAAGACUAGUAGUACUCAACAUCCCCUCUGGGGGCUGGGCGACGGCUCAGUGGUUAAAGUGCUCACUGCGUAGGAGGAGGACUAGAAUUCCGGUCCCCAGAACCCACAUAAAUGUGGGAUGGUGUGGCAGCCCACCUGUGAUUCCAGCUCUCAGAAGGGAGACAGGACUCCCAGAGCAAGCUGACUAGCCAAGGCUAGUCACAUGGGUGAGCUCUGGAAUCAAUUGAGAGACUCUUUUUCAAUGAACAGUGUAGAGAUUGAUUGAAGAAAAAUUUCAACAUCAACUAUAUGCACACACAUGUACAUGUACAUCUGUAUCCACGUGCAACAACAACAACACACACACACAAAUCUUUUAAAAUGCCAUUUGGGGAGGCUGAGGACAUCAGUCAAUGAGUAAAGUACUUAGCUUAUCAGCAUGAGAAUCUGAGUUCAAUAUCUAGCACCUGCAUGAAAGUCAGACACAGCAAUGUGUGCCUGUGACCCCAGUACCAGAGAGUCAGAGCCAGGAACUCACUGGCUAGCCAACAGAGUCCAGUUGGCAAGCUUUGUGUUCAGGAUGAGACAUUGUCUCAUAAAGGAAGGUAAAGAGUGAUUGAGGAAGAUACCUGAGGUCAACCUCGGACAUACACACAUACACACACAUACACACCCACAAACACACACAUACAUACACACACGUAAACAC